UUCUUUAAAAUAUUUGGAAAAAAAUAUUUGUAUUUCUUUUGAUGCUGCCUCUCUUUCUUCUUCGUGCAGAUGAUGGAGGGAGAAGAGCUGCCUGGGCUUCUGGUGAAUGAAAUUGGAGGAAUGCAUGGGAUACUGCAUGACCAUGUGGAGUUUCUGAAGAAGCACUUCUGCCUCAUCACUAUGAAGGAAUUUCUUGAAAACAAAAAGAAUAUGAGAAAAAAGGUCCAAGCGAUCUAUUUGUGGUGGCACAAACCAGUCAUUGACAAAGACCUCCUCCAGAGCCUGCCCAACCUGAAAGUGAUUGCAAAUUCAGGAGUAGGGAUGGAUCAUCUGGAUCUGAAACUUGUGGCUGGCUUUGGUGUGAAAAUGGCUAAUGCUCCACGUGCUGUUUCCAGUAGCACAGCAGAUACUGGGAUGGCUUUGCUGCUGGCAUCUGCUAGAAGACUGGUAGAAGGCUAUCACGUUGCCGUGUCCCCGGGUGUGGAGUAUUGUGAAGCUGAUUUUCUUGGAGUUGAAGUUACUGGAGCUACUCUGGGGAUCGUUGGCAUGGGCAGCAUUGGGUAUAAGAUUGCUCUGAGAGCCAGAGCGUUCGAGAUGAAGAUUUUGUACCACAACAGAACACGGAGGAAAGAGCAGGAAGAACAAGCUGUUGGUGCCACUUACUGUGAGAAGAUGGAUGAUUUGCUCUGCCAGGCAGAUUUUGUGAUGGUGGUGGUGAGCCUGACACCUCAGACACACAAGCUGAUUGGGAAAAGAGAGAUGGAACUGAUGAAACCCACAGCUACUCUCGUUAACAUCAGCCGAGGUGCAGUGGUGGACCAAGAGGCACUGGUGGGAGCUCUGCGCACUGGUGCUAUCAGGGCUGCAGCUUUGGAUGUCACCGACCCGGAGCCGCUGCCCAGAGAUCAUCCAUUACUAAAAUUGAAGAAUGUAAUUAUAACACCUCACCUUGGCAUUAAAACAGACAAGGCCACCCGCAUGAUAACAGAGGAAGCAGUUGAAAACAUACUAGCAGCUCUUACUGGUCUUCCCAUGCCUAGUGAAGUGCUGCCUAGCUGAAGAGCAAAAGGAGCUCCAAAUAUCUUUCUUCUUUUCCCAAUCAGCUCUAAAUGCUUUUAUUCUUUUUUUUUUUUAUUUUUUCUUUUCUUUUCUUUUUUUUUCCCCAUUAAGAGACACCUGUUCAGAAUGGGCAGGGAGAGCUCUGGCCGAGUCUCACAUGUAAUGAGGCCUUCAUAGUUUUAAUUCCCUUGUGGAGGAACAAACUGCUCCUCACUUUCAGCUAUGGAUAAAUGCACGCAGGCUUUAAAAGGCUCUGGGAGAAAUAACUUCUGAUUGCCUACUUAUUUGCAGCUUUGGAAAGGCUCCUUAGAAAUGAUGUUUUAAUUUGCCUAUUGUGAGAGAAACAGGACUUCACAGGUUGUAACAGAUCACUUUAGAGUUAUUUUUAUUUUUAUGUAGUUAUAUUUUAUUAACAACAUGUUCAAAAGUGAGCUUUCCUGGGUGACAGAUCCUUUCUAUCUACCAAUCAUUUUAAGAGUGCUACCAGAUAGUCAUGAGACAAGAGAAAAUGUCUCAGCAUUCUGUAUUAUUCUUAGAAAACUUUGGAAAUAGAAUGCCUGACUAAAGGAAAGAGGUAAUACAAAGGAGAAAAUAGCAAUUUUACAUCAGUACUUUAAAAAACGUAUAGGAGUCCUAAAGAACAUAUCUGCUUAGAUUGCAUAGCUCCCCUCAUUCAUAUUAGAUAUCAAAGCAAACAGUGCAAGCUGCCUGCUAGAAAUAUUAGUGACCUGCUAUAUGGAAGUCUCCUUUUAAAGUAGCACCUGAGACCUGAAAUGCUGAGACAAAAAUCAGUGUUCAGAAACAUGCUCAGUAUCAUUUAUUCAAAGCAGAAGAUCUGAGCUGACAGUUUGUAGUUGCAAACAACAGCACUAAUGAAAAAUAGUCUCCAAGAUGGACGUGCUGCCAUGUUUGGAAUACCAAACUUACUCAAAGUCUACCUUGAAUAUUUUCAACUUAGCACAAAAUAUUUGCAAAAAUGUUUGUCAGACUCAGCACCACUCUGUAACUCAGAAGGAACGUGAAAAACAGUUGUGAAAAAGCAAACACCAUUGAAGCCCAAGUCAGUAGGAUUUCCUUCUGCAGGAAUAUCUAUAUUUGAAGCAAGACACAACAGUGAGCACCAGUACUACAAAGAUUAGAAACAGCAACUUGACAAACUGUUUUUAAGGCUGCAGUUAUCAUAGUAAGAAACCAUGGCUUUACCACACUAGAAACAGCAUCUCUAAUGCAAUCAA